CGCCUGCGCGGUGCGGCGCCUCGCUCACGUGACCCGACGGGAAGAUGGCGGCGCCCGCGGGCCGGCGUGUGCGGCGUUGAGUGCGGCCGGGCCGAUCCAGUUUCUGUCACUACUCCAGUUUCUGUCGCCACUCCGGUUUCUGUCACCGCCAUGUCGCGGCUCAUCGUGAAGAACCUCCCCAACGGGAUGAAGGAAGAGCGCUUUCGGAAGCUGUUCGCCGCCUUUGGCACGCUGACUGAUUGUUGCUUAAAGUUCACCAAAGAUGGCAAGUUCCGGAAAUUUGGCUUCAUUGGUUACAAGUCUGAAGAUGAAGCUCAAAUGGCACUGAACCACUUCAACAGAAGUUUCAUAGACACUUCCAGAGUCACAGUGGAGUUAUGCAAGGCUUUUGGUGACCCUUCAAAACCCAAAGCCUGGAGUAAGCACUCUCAGAAGGCUCCUGCCUCAGAAAAACAGCCCGAGAAACCUGUGAGAAGUGCAGCUCCUGCAGGCACAAAGAAAGAUAAAAAGAAGAAAGAUCCAACAGAAAACUUAAAGCAGCUGGAAGAAGAUAAAACAUUCCAGGAGUUCUUGGUGGUUCAUCAGAAACGGUCUCAGGUGGCCACUUGGGCUAAUGACACUUUGGCAGAGGAGCCCAAGAAGGGGAAAUCCAAGGCGGCAGAUGAUUAUCUCAACUUUGACUCAGAUGAGUCUGAGGAGCUGAGUGACGAGGAGGAGGAUGGGAAUGAACCCCCUGAAGAUAAGGAGGGCACUAAAGCAAAGAAAGGAGGGAAGAAGGCAGCUACCAGCAAAGACCUCUCGGAUAUGGACUACCUGAAAUCUAAAGUGGUGGAGGAUUCUUCCUCCUCAUCCAGUACAGAGGAUGAAACAGACAGUGAGGAGGAGGAAAGUGAGAGCGAGGAGGAUUCGGGCAUCGCAGAAACCAACGGCACUCACACAGGGAAAAGGGGGAAGCCAAAAGCCCAGCAAACACACCAAGAGGUGCCAGUGCAGAAGAAGACAAAAGGAUCUGCACUAGAGAACCGAGGCAGCUCGGCAGAAACCAGCACACCACACACAGUGAAACUUCGUGGUGUCCCCUCCAACAUCACUGAGCAAAAGAUUCGUGAAUUCUUCUUGCCUCUGAAGCCGGUGGCAAUCCGGAUAGGGAAAAAAGCCCGGGGGAAAAAUUCAGGUUAUGUCUUUGUUGACUUGAAGAGUGAAGCAGACAUGCAAAGGGCCUUGAAGCGGAAAAAAGAAUACCUGGGUGGCCGAUGCAUUGAGGUAUUCCGAUGCAGCAAUACCCCCAAAGAAACUGCUCCAGCCAAACCUGAUAACCAGCCGUGGCAAAGAAUAAUGAGGGAUGAUGAGGAAGAAGAGGACCUGGCUGAAUCAGGGAGACUCUUUGUCAGGAAUCUUCCCUUUACUAGCACUGAGGAGGACUUGGAGAAGAUCUUUUCCAAGUACGGACCCCUCUCGGAUAUCCAUUUCCCUAUUGACAGACUGACCAAGAAACCUAAAGGGUUUGCUUUCGUUACCUAUAUGAUUCCUGAGCACGCGGUGAAGGCCUACGCAGAACUGGAUGGGCAAGUGUUCCAGGGUAGAAUGAUGCAUCUUUUACCAUCCACAAUCAGAAAGGAAAAAAUCAAAGAUGCAGAUGCAGAAGGGUCUUCCUCCUACAAAAAGCGGAAAGACGCCAAGGACAAAGCCAACAGUGCCAGCUCUCACAACUGGAACACGCUGUUUGUGGGGACAAAUGCUGUGGCUGAUGCCAUUGCUCAGAAGUACAAUGCUUCCAAAAGCCAAGUGCUGGAUCACGAGAGUAAAGACAGCGUGGCGGUGAGGGUCGCUCUGGGAGAAACCGAGCUGGUCCAGGAAAUUCGCCGGUUCCUCAUUGAAAACGGAGUCAGCCUGGAUUCCUUCAGCCAGGCUGCUGCUGAGCGGAGUAAAACAGUGAUCCUGGUCAAGAACCUCCCCGCUGGCACCACCGUGGCAGAGCUGGAAGACGUCUUUGGCAAACACGGCAGCCUGGGCCGGGUGCUCUUGCCGGAGGGAGGCGUCACGGCCAUCGUGGAGUUCCUGGAGCCGACGGAGGCCAAGCAGGCAUUCAUGAGGCUGGCCUACUCCAGGUUUCAUUCUGUGCCGUUGUAUCUGGAAUGGGCUCCAAUGGGUGUCUUCGUCAACCCAACCCCUCCCAAAAAAAGCCCUGAGGCUCCAGAAAAGGAAGGCAAAGCAAAGCCGGUACCUGAUCCUGACGCUGACUCAGCUGUAAAGGGCUCAGAGGAAAUGGCAGCACAGGAAGAAGAGGAAGAAGAGGAGGAGGAGGAGGAAGAAGAAAGUAUUCCAGGGUGUACUUUGUUCAUCAAAAACCUCAACUUUGCUACCACAGAAGACACACUGAGGGAGACGUUCUCCAAAGUGGGAGCUGUGAAGAGCUGCACAAUAUCCAAGAAGAAAGACAAAGCAGGCGCUUUGCUUUCCAUGGGCUUUGGAUUUGUGGAGUACAAGAAGCCCGAGGGCGCCCAGAAAGCCCUGCGCCGGCUCCAGGGCUGCACUGUAGAUGGCCAUAAACUGGAAGUGAAAAUCUCAGAGAGAGCUCUCAGGCCCACUGUGAAAUCAUCCCGAAAGAAGCAAACCGUCAAGAAGCAGACGACUUCCAAAAUCUUGGUGCGAAACAUCCCGUUCCAGGCCACCGUCCGGGAAAUCAGGGAACUCUUCAGCACCUUUGGAGAGCUGAAGACCGUCCGGCUGCCCAAGAAAAUGGCAGGAACGGGAUCGCACCGCGGCUUUGGCUUUGUGGACUUCCUCACCAAGCAGGAUGCCAAGAAAGCAUUCAAUGCCCUGUGCCACAGCACACAUUUGUAUGGCCGCAGGCUGGUCUUGGAGUGGGCAGACACGGAGGAGACGGUGGAGGCCCUGAGACGGAAAACAGCCGACCAUUUCCACGACUCCCCAAAGAAGAGAAAACGCUCGGAGGUUUUGAAUGAAAUCCUGGAACAUCUGGAAGAGGAGGAGAACAACAAAGACGAGGCCAUUUAGCAGCCGCCUGGCAUUGGCGAGGUCUCUCAGUGAUGGAUGGAAAAGGAGGAGAAGCCUCUGCUGGGGACUCGGCAGCCAGCACACUUGUUGCCAGCGAAGUCCACUCAUCCUGGGAACCCAAGGGCUGAUUUAUUCCACGUGUCCGGGUCUCUGUUAUUCCCGGCUUUUUAAAUAGUCCUUAAAUUCGGAGCAGGACGAAGAGCUCCUGUCUGCCCACAGCUCCUACCAGAGGAUCUUCAAUUCGGGCAGGAACGCAAGUCCCCUCAGCUCAGAAACCACCCAGCCUUGUGGUGCAGAAACUUGGGGAGAUGGACACUUCCCUGCUGGCCCCGGGGACUCUGGCAAAAUACUCUUGAUAUCUGAAUUAAAUCAUAAUUACUGUACAUUAAAAACCACAUGUAUAUUUUACGAGUUUUCCAAA